GAGGGAGAGACGAAGAUGGCUUCCGAAGAAUUCUCCAUGAAACCUCAUGCGCUCUGUUUGCCCUUCCCAGCUCAGAGCCACAUUGGCGCCAUGCUGAAACUCGCGAAGCUUCUCCACCGCAAAGGCCUCUACAUCACUUUCGUCAACACAGAGUUCAACCACAGGCGCUUGCUCGAGGCUAGGGGCCCGAACUUUCUGAACGAUCUCCCUGCCGGCUUCCGGUUUGUGACGAUACCCGAUGGGCUCCCACCAUCAGAGGCCAACGCCACCCAAGAUGCUGUCUCCCCGUGUCAGUCUGUCAGGGUCGUCAUGGGUGCUCCAUUCUGCGAACUGGUCGGAGAUCUCAACCAAAGGGCAGACUCCAUUUCGGGCUUUCCCCCUGUCUCUGUUAUCGUGGCGGAUGGUUUCAUGACAUUCACCACUUAUCCCGCUAGUGAGAUGUACGGGAUCCCCUUUGUGCACUUGUACUCUAUUGCAGCCAGUUGUUGGGCUUCCCUCCAAUUUGGAGGAAGUUGGGCUCAAAUUGUAUUGGGCUUUUAUUGGGUUUUAAUAAGCCCAAUAACCCAUUUUUAUUAGGGUUACUGGCAGAAUAUAUAUAAGUAGCAGAUCAGCAGCAGAUUAGGGGGGUUGGUGAGCCGCAGCAGCAGAGCAGCAGCUGCAGAAAAUCAGCACAGAAUAACAGAGGGAGCAGAGCAGAAUUCGGACAAAACAGGGGCAGCGCGCAGCUGGAGAUCAAACCUCGAUCGGGACGUCAAACGAACUCCGAUUGGGACGAAAUUUUGACAGCAGCUUCACAACACGUGGGGCUAACUUCUGAACGGUCAGAAUUUCUA